AUUAAUGUUGUUUUAUGUGCUUAAAACUAGGUUGUAGAAGAGGAAUGGGUUGCUGAAAUGGUGAAUUCGGCUAUGGAAUUUAAACACAAUGAGGAACAAGACUGUCGUUGUGUACAUCUUGAAUUGGAACUUGGUCUGAAUGCAAAACGGAAAAGGAUUAGUGAUAAGGUAUUGGAUGUCAUUUGUUUGAUUCAUUAGUAUUAGUUGUUAUUUCUUAUCCAUUGAAUGUGAUGUAUUCUGUGUUUCAUAUAUGGUUGCAAGAUUAGACCGCUAUACCAAGAGAUGUUCAAGGAUGAUUGCAUGACUGUCGGUGGGUUAGUAAAAGCUAAGGGUGAGGUCUUGAAGCAGUAUGCAAUUGGUACCUCAAAGGCUCCAAACUUGACAUGUCGCAUAGAGUCUUUUGGUAGGAUAUGUCAGAAGUUUGAUGGCAGACGAAGGCGGUGGGUCACAGAAAUGGGGUUUGGGGGUUUGUUGCACCUUGCUGCUUUAGGGAUGCAGUUUCCAAGGCAACUGGCAUAUUGGUUACUGACUCGUGUUGAUCCGGUUAGAAAAAUAAUGAUAUCACCAGAUGGUAAAGAAUUUAGGUUGUCUCCAAACCUAGUGUAUUGGGUUUUAGGAAUUCCAAACGGUGGGAAGCCAGUUCCUACUAAGAAAAACAUGACCUCUGAAAUAAAGGAAAGAGUAGAUGCAUUACUGAGAGAGUAUGGUAGUUCUUAGGAAACCAGGUGUAGUAGAUAUGAAGGUCGUGUGUACAUUAAGUAAGGGUAUAUCUGUUAAUCACAUGGUAAUGGUGAGACUUGAGGGGGAAUGGAAAGAUGGGGAGGAAGCUGAAUUUAAGACCUUAUUUCUAUUGUUGUCCCUGCAUAUGGUUCUAUGUCCCACCCAAUCCCCUAGACUAUCGGCGGAUCUUGUUCCUUCGUUAACUUUUGCACAAGAGUGUACUGAUUUUGACUGGUGUGGGUUGGUUGUGUCAAAGUUAUUAUGUAGUGUGGCGACUUUUGCCCGGACGUUUUAUGCUAAUGGUUAUGCUCGAGGAAGUGGAGGAUGCUUGCUAUUCAUUGUGGUUUUCUAUUUGGAUAGGUUGAAUAAGGUUCCACUUUCUUGGGGAUUGUUUCCCAGGAUUAAGGUGUGGAGUAUGCAUGAGGUUGGUUUAGUUGCUAGACUGGAUCGGAAGUCUCUUGAUGGUGAUUUUGGAAAAAUGGGGAUGCUUGAUGUGGCAUAUGGAGAGGACCACCCCAGGGAGGCUUGUGAUAGCAAUGGUCCCAUUGUGAUGCACAAUGAGGUGGCUGAGGAAGGUCCAUAUACACAUAAAGCACCUAAGGCACGUCGGAUUAGAUACACCGCGAUUCCCUGUUUUGUUACCACCCAUUGUCAUGCUCCACCAUCUAGGGAAGGCUUUUGACGUGAGUUAUUACUUAUUCAAAACCUGGUGCAUGAUUGUGAGAUUCAAUGGUCCCGUUGUCAUGCGUAGUGAGUGUAUUUUUGCACGUUGUGAGUGCGGGUUUUACUGUUAUGUACGAUUGUUAGAUUGUGAGAUGAAAAUUUUGUUGUAUGUUAGCAAUGUAGUUUGAACAAUAGGCCUUGCUGUAUCAACUGUAAUAAAUGUUCCCCUGUGGAACGAACAUUUGAUAGCCAAAUAUGUUCACUUCAUGUAA